AUUCGAAAACCGAAGCCGGUCGGCCAUAUGCAAAAAAUUGAGGAACAUCAUCACGAAAAAUUGGCGUCAAGUGAAGAGGAAUCGCUCUUUUUCUGUGAAAUUGCUGUGGUACGCUGUUAAAAAUAGUGCUGAAGUAUUCAGUGUAAGACUCUCUGUUGGAUUUUGAUGUGUAUUUGACGUGGAGUUGGAUACAGAAGUGUUAAAUAUGGAUCUUGCUGAGCCUGUGGAAAAAGCGGCGGCGCUUCAUGUGGAUGCCGGGGAAACGGCAAAGGUUGUGACGGAGACAGAAAUCCACACAAACAUUGACUCCCUGAAGCGUCGUCAUUCAGAGGAAGUUGCGCGGGAGCAUGAGAAUGAGGCAAAGAAGCCCAAGACAAGCAACAAUGGCGAAAAUGCCGAAGAGGAUGACGAUGAUGAUUUGAUUGCCAAACUUGAUGCCAUUGAAGCGCCAGUUUUGAGCAAUGAAAUCACCAAACCGGCAGAUCUCCUGAAAAAACUCGAAGAAGAUGGGAAAUCUGAUGAUUUACUGGAGAGAAUGGAGUGCAUUGUUGAGGGUAAAACUCCGUCAAACAGCACACGACAGUCAGAAACUGACAAUGGCGUUUUGGCAAAGCCUGAGGAACCCACACAGGUUGAUGCAAAACCCAAAGAAGAGACCCCUAAACCAGCUGAAGAGAAAGAAGUUCCCAAACCAGCUGAAGUCCCCAAACCAGCAGAAACACCCAAGCCAGCUGAAGCUCCCAAGCCAGCAGAAACUCCCAAGCCAGCUGAAGCAAAGGAAGAGCCCAAAAAAGUGGAAACCACCACGGAAAACAAGGAAGAAGAACCCAAGAAGCCAGAAGUGGAAGCACAGAAAAAAGUUGAAGAAGUGAAAAAGGAUGUGGCCCCCAAAGUUGAAGUGGCGAAGGAGGCAGAACCCAGCAAGCCUGAGGAGCCCAAGGAGGUGGUUGAGGCUAAGAGUGAAGACACUACAAAGCCAAAAGUGAAAGUACCCGAAGUGGAGAAAAUGGAAGUCGAUGGAGAUGCCACUGUAGAAGAGAAGAGCCCCAAGAAAACAGCUCCAGUGGCAGAAAAUGAUGAGAAUGUCAUCUCAUCCACAACAGAAUGCAUUACCUUCGAGAAAAAGGAAACCCCUCCUACUCCUCUGCCUCCCAAGGUGGCGGUUGUGUCCAAGAAUCUACCGAAAGAGACGCUGAGUGACAUUCCAGCCUCAAAACCUGCCCCAGCUGCUAAGGAACUGCCACCUACGGCCGAAGCCAAGGAAAAGCCCGAGGAGGUGAAGAAGGAGCAGAAGGAUGUGCCAGCGAAGGUGGAAAAGGAGCCAGCAAAGGUUGCAGAGAAGGUUGAGCCACCCAAGGAGAAAGCUGAAGAAAAGAAAGAUGCUGAAGCAUUGCCAGCUGAAAAAAUGGCUGAAGUUGCUGCUAAAGUUCAGACACAACACAAUGGACUGAUAACAUCAUCAGAUCCCGCCAGUACGACAUCAGACGAAGAGAAAGAGACAAAGAUGGAAGUUGAUAAUGUAGCUGAGGCAAAGGUAUCAACCCCAAUCAAAGAUGCUCCAUCGAUAUCCAAUGGGAAAGAAGUGGCUGAUGCUGUUGUGAAGGAGAAUGUGUAUGAAGUGAAGUUCUGCUUUGAAGAAAAUGACAUAAAGUAUCUGUACAUAGAUAAAAAGACCAAGGAUGGUGUAAAUGGGAGUGAAGAUAAAAAUACAACAGCAGCAGCAACAACAACAGCAGCAGCGGCGUCUCAAUCAACAAGUGACGAAAGUUCCAGCACGGAUAAAUUUGCUGUUCCAACUCAGCCCAAUAGUACAGUUACAAUAAAAGGAAUCUCAUCUCUGUGCUCCUUCAUUGUUGAACGGAUGAGAAAGUUGAAUCCUGAGGCGGUGGUGGUGGAGAAGGAGGUGGGGAAAAAGGGUGUGGGUACCAAGACACCAACAUCUACGAGCAAAAGUCAGAAAGCGUCGCCAGCUGUGACAAAGGUUACAAGUUCGGGUCGUCGAUCGACUGGAAAGGCAUCUGCGACCUCAACACCCGUCAAGGCAUCACCCAGCACCACAAAGGCUGAUAGUGGGGGUAAAGAUAGCAAAGUGGGCUACAGUGUAAUGGCUAAAUGGGUGGAUAAGAUGUACUAUGCUGGUAAGGUGUCAGCUGAAAAAACUGGUGGGAAGUUUGUGAUUCACUUUGAGGAUGGUGCCCUCAAGACACUACAGCGAGAUAAUAUUGUGUUUGGUCAUGAGAAUCUGCUGCCAUUCCUCAAUCAGUCAGUUCAUGCACUCGUAGAGGGGGAUACCUAUGAACCUGGUCUGGUGACUGAGGUGGCAAUGGAUCCUGAUGGUCAGAUACUGUAUACGGUGGUUGCUGAAUCAAAAACAGUGGUGCGCAGUGCGUCGGAUAUUUAUUUGGAGGAUGAUCAGGCCAAGAGUAUUCAGGAGGCGAUUAAGGAGAAUCCACAGACGGGACUUGUGGAUUUGGCUACAGUCAAAAGGGUUAGUCGUCGAUCAUCUAGUGCUUCGGAAUCUGAUUCAUCGAAUCGCAAGAAUUCACGUAAAUCCGAAUCCAAGGAUAAAGAAUCCGAAGCUGGAUUUUCCGGGGGAGAUGCCAAGAAGGGUCGUCGUGGAAAGAGAGCGGAACCUCCACCACCCGUGGUGACUCUCAAUGAGAGUCAAAGCAGUGAUAUUUCUGACAUUCCUGAUACCGAAAUUGUGCCUCAGAGUCCUGAUUCAACUGCCCUGGAGGCCAUCGAUGGUGUCCAGCCUGAAUUACAGAAGACCGCCAAGGAGAUUGACCGAAUUAGACGAUGGUAUUUCGAUGAAUGCUUGAAGAAUGGAAGAUCCCUUGAUGAUCUCCUUGGUCCUGUACCAAAUUCCAAUAGCCUUUUCAGGAACAAAAGUUUCAUCCUUACAGUAACGUUUGAGGGGAAAUCUACAAAAAUUCCAGAUUAUGGAACACAUCAAGUGCCAUUCUUUAAGGAUCACCUCCAGAAGCAAAUUGUGGAUGGUGGUGGAAAAGUUUAUGAGCACUGGGAGGAUUUGCCGAAAUCAAAGUACAGCAAUUGCAAGCUUAUAGCACCAUUUCCGUGUACAACUGCCAAAUAUAUCCAGUGCUUGGCUACGGGAAUCUAUGCUGUGUCUCAUGAAUGGAUCAUUGAGAGUUGUAAGAUGGGAAAGACCGUGGACUUUAAGAAGUAUCUUCUACCAUCGGGUUAUUCGAUCAUCGAAAAGAGGUACAUAGCACCUGUUGUAAAGCGAGUUUCAACCAAUUCUAGAGCAUUUUCGGGCUUAAAUAUCCUCCUGACGAGUGAAAAUAAGGACUUUACGGAUUUCUGGAGUAGAGUUUGCAAGUUGGCUGGAGCAUCCUCGGUGCAGAGUGUAAAGUCAGUGGAUGAUAUUUCGACUAUUGAAAAGGGAUUCCUUCUUGUUGGUGGCGAAGUGUCUGCGGUGCUAAUUGAAAAAGCCAAGGAUUUCGACAUAUCUGUCGUGUCGACGGUUUGGGUGGUGCAGAGUCUUAUUGCGGGAAUUUGCUGCAAUGCUGAUUCCCAUGAGAGCCUCACAAAAUUCUUCACGGAUGAUUGUUGAUCCAUGUUCCGCAACUUAUUUUCACCAAGUUGUAUGUCAAUUUGUACAAAUGUUGCACUAUCUCGGAUUAUAGGAAUAUUUCAUGUCCGAAAACACGAUUAAAGUACAUAAUUUUUGUUUCUAGAAUAA